AUGAUAUCAUCACGAUCGGUUCGAGGGCAUGAAGCCUCCAAGCCCACGGCCGACUUGAUGUUUGUCAGCAUCACACGCCCAGACCAGAUCAAAGACCGAAACACUCAAAGAAAGAUCAACCGCCAUGUCAUGAAACCGAUAGGCCUGGCGAGACGAAGGAAACAAAAGAAUGGGCAAAUAGAGCUUGCUGUGAAAUCAGUGGAAACGCCAUUGUCUACUGCGGUUGCACCCUGGCAAGCAGACGAUAACAUCGAGUACGCUUCUAGGCUGUAUAUGCAAAGUAUUCCUUCACCAAUGAGCGCGGACCAAGACCUCAACUAUCGGCAUUUUUCGAGCCGUGCUUACAAGAUCAUCGCCUUUUUACGCGAAUGGGACUCUCCUGUUUGCUCAAUGAUGCGAGAGCUGUCCUUUACUCUAGCAAUGAUGGAAGACAGCGCAAUGCAUAUUACUCUUGCGCUGACAUUGGUCUUUGCUCAGGAGCGUAGAAAGCAUCUACCGGAGGAGAGCAACAGCUCCUUAGGCCACUACAACAAGUCAGUUGGUCUUAUCAACCAGCGGCUAACCAGCAUUGGCAAUCAGGUUUGUGAUGCUCUUAUCGGCGUCGUCAUCACCCUGGCAUGUUAUGAUAUAUGUAUCUUCAACCUCGAUCGAUGGGUAAUCCACAUGAAGGGGCUGAGGAAAGUAGUUGAGCUUCGUGGCGGAUUCAACAAGAUCAGUUCUCGUUAUCUACAGACGACACUUACCUGGACAAGCUUAACUGGCUCAAUGAUGCUCGAUUCACCUUCAUUUUUUGAAGCCCUUGAAGAGCCAUUACCACAGAGACGGGCAUCGCGUGAUCUUGGCAUUGUUACCGGCACACUGCAGAAGCGACUGCCAGAUCACUUGAAUCUGUGCACCCUACUCGAGUCCAUGUCCGAGUUUGCAACAGCAGCCCGCGAGAAAUCGCAAUGGACCAAUGACACAAUCUCACAACAGAAACUGCAGUAUGCUGUGUCCACGGUGCUGAAAUUGCCUCGACAUGAUAUUUCGGACAUCCGCGAUGAUGGUAUAGCUCUCUAUGAGGUGCUGCGCCUGGCUUCGCUCUUGUUUCUAUCGGGCCCCUCCACGAGGUUUGCUGGGAACAAGAGUGGAAACACCAUCGUCUCCUAUCAUCGAGGACGGCUCCCAAUGUUGCUCAGAUCGCACAGACUCGAUUGGACAGGUUUGGAGGACUUGGAGCUCUGGGUAUUGGUUAUCGAUGCGUUGGCCGAGACGGGCCAAAAUCAAGAGUGGGUUUUGGGUCAGAUCAAUAGCACGAUGUUUGUCAGAAGGCUCAGUUGGGAUGGCGUUCUUGGGACUGUGGCUCGGAUCGCUUGGUCCGACGGUCUGUGGGCUCGUACAUUAGACCAGCUGCGCGCAGAGUUGGAACAGAUAUAG